ACUUAUCCGUAAACACGCAGUUUUUAUUUACAUUUUGUAUUUACAAUGUGCGGCAUAUUUUGCUCAGUUUUGCAAAAUGCUAGUUCACAUUCUGAUUAUAUGUCACGCUCAUUCAAAGAUAUUUUACGAAGUCGUGGUCCCGAUGUGCAGGACGAGCUAGUUCUAAAUUAUGAUGCUGGCCAAAUGUUUUUUGCCGGCAACGUUUUAUGGCAACAGGGGGAAAGUGUGCAAAAACAACCAGUGGUCGAUGACGACUAUAUAUUUCUAUUUAAUGGAGACCUUUACAAUUUACAAAAGCCUGAACAUAUGUCUGACACAUAUUGGAUAGCGGAAAAACUUUCGGAAUGCCGCCUUGAAGAAGAGAAGCUACUGGACCUAUUGAAAAACUUGGAGGGACCACAUUGUUUAAUAAUUUAUAACAAACGUGAUCAAGUGUUAUACUUCUCUCGCGACACACUGGGAAGAAAUUCAUUAAUUAUUGAACGGAGUUCCGAAGGAUUGUAUUUGUCGAGCACAACUCUCCACUUAGAAAAUAAAAGAAUAUCACUGGAAUUGCCACCAUUGGGUCUCUAUAGAGUUAAAGUGAAUGAUCUUACUUCAUGCAUAUUAUAUCCGUGGCAGACCCUAAAUGAUUAUGCUACACAGCUUUUAAGCAAUCUUGAUAUCGCAGUUGGCUGGAAAACUACAGUGGACAGUCCGAUUGCACCACAUUGGAUGCUUCAAAGUGAUCUCACAUUUGACUACGAUUUCUAUACAUUUCCGUAUAUUGACAGCCCUAAGGACUUUUAUGAAAACCUAAUAAGUCAGACACAAAUCAAAGAAUCACUUGCCGUACUCCAUAAACUGCUUUCUGACUCAGUAAAAAGUCGCGUUACGAACACUGCCCCAUUUUGCCGACUUUGCUUACAAGAAUUGAAACUUCCAACAUUAUGUAGCCACGCAAAAGUGUGUUUUUUAUUUUCGGGUGGUAUUGACUGCACCAUCCUGGCUCUGCUGGCCGACAAUUUUGUUCCUGAAAAUGAACCGAUAGAGCUUAUUAAUGUGGCUUUUGAAAGUGUUGAGGGCCAAAAUACAUCCGAGAAGAUUUGGGAUGUGCCGGAUCGAAAGACUGCUUUGGUGUCCUUCAAUGAAUUGCAGCGACUUUGCCCUAAGCGGUCUUGGCAACUGCUAAAUGUAAAUGUAACCCGUAAUGAAUUGCAACAAAAGUUAACGACACAUAUAAGACAUCUGAUAUAUCCGCUUGAAACAGUUCUGGAUGAGAGCCUUGGAUGUGCCUUCUGGUUUGCUUCGCAUUGCAUCAGCUCCACUGCCAGAGUCGCUCUUGUUGGUAGUGGAGCAGAUGAAUUAUUUGGCGGCUAUGUCCGUCAUCGCAACAGCUACAGACGUUGCUUGGGCAGUGAAGAAGAGCGCCAACUUGCCGUGCAAAACGAACUUGAAGUGGAUUGGCAAAGAUUACCGGCCCGUAAUUUGGCCAGGGAUGACCGAGUCAUUGCGGAUAAUGGUAAAACAGCUAGAGCUCCAUUCAUCGAAGAAAACUUUGUAAAAUAUGUUAGAUCUUUGAAAUCCUAUCAAAAAUGUUGCUUUAGUUUCCCCGAAGGUGUUGGGGACAAAUUGCUUCUCAGACUGUAUGGCUAUCAGCUCGGGCUUCGAGAAGCCGUAUUCCUUAAGAAAAGAGCAAUUCAAUUUGGUUCUCGAAUUGCAAACAGAAAGCAAAAUGCUGCACAGCAUUCGAAUAACCUUUAACUUAAGUUUGUUAUAUCUAUUAAAAGAUAGCUUAUGCGUUUUUUUAAAAUGUGUGGCUGCAAUAAAUUAAGCAACCAAUCUUUCAAAGUUUAAACUAUUAUCGUCGGCCAAAGGAAUAAAAAGAUUUAAUAAUUUUAAAA